UCGGCGGAGGAGUGCGCAGGCGCGGCCUUCGGGUUUCCCCGGCUACAGUCGGCGUUUCGGCCCUCUAGUCCGCCGCCGGCUCUUCCGCCGCCCUGCGCCAUGGCGGGCUGCGCGGCGCGGGUUCCGCCGGGCUCCGAGGCGCGCCUCAGCCUCGCUACCUUCCUCCUGGGCGCCUCGGUGCUCGCUCUGCCGUUGCUCACGCGCGCCGGCCUGCAGGGCCGCACCGGGCUGGCACUCUACGUGGCCGGGCUCAACGCGCUGCUGCUGCUGCUCUACCGGCCGCCGCGCUACCAGAUAGCCAUCCGAGCUUGUUUCCUUGGCUUUGUGUUUGGCUGCGGUGUGCUACUCAGUUUCAGCCACUCCUCUUGGAACCACUUUGGCUGGUACGUGUGCUCGCUGUCACUAUUCCACUAUUCUGAGUAUUUAGUGACAGCUGUCAAUAAUCCCAAAAGUCUGUCCUUGGAUUCCUUCCUCCUGAAUCACAGUCUGGAGUACACGGUGGCAGCGCUCUCUUCUUGGAUAGAGUUCACACUUGAAAACAUCUUCUGGCCAGAACUGAAACAGAUCACCUGGCUCAGUGCCACUGGGCUGUUGAUGGUGGUCUUUGGAGAAUGCCUGAGGAAAGCUGCCAUGUUUACCGCCGGCUCCAAUUUCAACCACGUGGUGCAGAGUGAAAAGUCGGACAGCCAUACCCUGGUGACGAGCGGUGUGUACGCCUGGUUCCGGCACCCCUCCUAUGUGGGGUGGUUUUACUGGAGUAUCGGAACCCAGGUGAUGCUGUGUAACCCCAUCUGUGGCGUCGUCUACGCCCUGACGGUGUGGCGCUUCUUUCGUGAUCGCACAGAAGAGGAGGAGAUCUCACUGAUCCACUUCUUUGGGGAGGAAUACUUGGAGUAUAAGAAGAGGGUGCCCACAGGCCUGCCGUUCAUAAAGGGAGUCAAGGUGGAGCUAUGACAGGGAGAAGCCGAUGGCACCAGAGAGCCUGCGGCCCUGCACAGCCGAGGACAGAACUACUUCCCUGCAGAAUGAGUUUCCUAAUCUUUUUAUAUGUCACUAAUUACUCCUCAGAACGCCACCCAAGACCUGCUGGUCAGAGGUCUUAGGACCAAAGGACCCACAGCAGCAGUCUCUUGUACUGAAUGAAGGUAGAAGACAGGUAAACAGUGAACAAGGAGCACGUCACAGCAGUUCAUCAGUGCCCCUUUCAUGGUGGCAGGAUGAGGACCCAAGCCAGUCUUAUGCCGCUCAGGCCAGAGUAUCUUUGCUCCGUGACCAUGAUCCUCGGGAGAUGUGGACACUGCCCUUUGCAGGACUUAUACCACUGAAGGUGUGGUCAGAGUGGCCGAAUGUCAGCAUGAAGGUGCAUCAGAAUCCUUUCAUUUAGCCCAACACAGAGCUUUAACCUUUGUCUGCCCAUAAGAGCAUGGGCAUCUGUAUUAACUCUAAAGACUUCUACACUUUGGCCCAUCAUACAUUUAAUCAUAUUUACCUACAAGUUUUACAAAAAUAGCAGUGUACAUUCAAAGGGACACUGAUUCUCCUUGCCUUGGAGUUUCUGACUUCAGCUUUUAUUUGGCAACAGGCAGCACAGACCUCAGAGUGCUCUGCAGCUUUGAGUGGCAUGGCCCCUGGCCUUGGGGUCUCCUGCGGUCCUGGCCUUGGCUCUUCUGUCCCCGAGGAAGUGCUUACCAGGGGCCUGCGCUCAUGCCGAGAAAUACUGCCCACCGUGUAUUUGGGGUUUUCACUCUCAUUUUAUCAUAGCUUGUGUUUUCUCUUGCAAUGUGAGUCAGUCACAUUUGUUUCCUGUGUUCUUCCAAAGGAAAUCACCCCUGCUGCUGCUUCAGUGUUUUUCAGAGGGUUCCAGCUUAGCUCGUGCACCCAAGAGUUGAGGCUAAUGACUCGUAACAACAGUCUGCAGUAGAGCAGCCUGCUUGAGGUUGGAGGGCAUCUUUGUGCUGUAGGUCUGGGAGAACAUUUGGCUUUUUGUAUGUUGAGCAUAAAAGUUUUAAGAGGUGUGGCCCUUGAUUAGUCCUGGACUGACUGGGGCUUGGUCCUGGC